CAGGUAUUCCUAGUAUUUGCGAGGAGUGGAGGAGUUGGCGAAACAUUUGCAAAAAGUGAGAAAACUGUUCAGGACAUUGAAGAAUGGAAUGGAAUAAUGCGCCUAAGCGAAAACCCUCCCCGGAUCCAGCUGGACUUAAAUCCUCAAUAGUCAAGGCUUUGUUUGGCAAAUCGAGCUCUACAUUGUUACCAUCUCCUCAUCAAAAAGCUGAUGAUCGUGGCAUAAUGGCUGCUACCAAAUUGUCACCGUUGAAAAAAUCCCUGGACCUGUCGCUGAGUGAAGGCGAUUUAACGCUGACCGAUGAGAAGACACCAGUUGUCCGAUGCAAAUCCCAGAAUAUGUUCUUCCCUAAUGCCACGGAUAAAAGCUCAGCUUCGCUGCAGUCUUUAAAGGAUCGAACUCUCUCAAGACUACCUAGGAAGCUCAAAGAAACGAGAAAAACCGAAAAAAUCUCUACGAACGGCAAAGGUCCAACCGCAGAACAACUUUCGUGGCUUCGAUCUUGUAGAACGGGGGAUGUCAAGAAAUGCAAGGAACUCUUGAAUUCUAAUCCAGAAAUCCUCAAUUAUAUUCCUCCUUACCAUUCGAAUUAUUCUGCUGUACACAUAGCUACCAAUGGACGACAUUACAAUUUGUUACGGUUGCUCAAAGAAAAGAAUGCUAAUUUCAAUGCGAUGACUAAGGCAGGUUACACUCCUCUUCAUUUAGCUGCUCAAAACCAAGAUAUGGAAACGGUGCGGAUGCUCAUACAUGAAUUUGAUGUGGAUCCGAAAAUUCACGAUCUUAUGGGCUACACCUAUGAGCAUUAUGCCGAUUGGCUAGACUAUCCCGAUGACGAUCUCACCUAUCAACUUCUUUGCAGAGGGGCUGGUUCGAGAGCCUCAUCCAGACAGCCUUCGAUAGGUUCACAAGAAUCUCUCGCUUCAUCCAAAAACUCACUCAGCCGCCAUGGAUCGAUACGCGGAACGAUCCGCGGUUUUCUACAAAAAUCAAAAAAUUUGCGCUCUCGAAGUCCGUCCUUGACGCAGCUCACAAUUUGAUUGCUAAGCAUUGUUGUUGAAUUUGUUUUCAAUUCAGUAAAUUUUCACCAAUAU